AUGUCCAGUUUACAACAACAAGAUCAGACAACUGGUAUAACUGCUGCUAAUGGUGAUGGAAAUAUAUUUUAUUCAAAAUUAGGCGGCACCACAUCAACUACACCAUCACAAUCACUAUCAACAACAUUAGCUGAUCAAACACUGUAUGAGAAUUAUAAUUUGAAAUGGGAUGAAGCUUCAUUGGAACAAAAAAUGGCGGCACUAAAAUUGGAAACCCAAAAACAAUUACUCAAUGAAUUUAUGAUUCGAAAGGCUCAAAUGCAGAAUAUUCCGUUAACUUAUCCGACUGAAAUUCAUCUUCGUACAACAAAAGCGCCAAGUCAGCGAAACCGUGAACUGUAUAAGACAGCAUUAUGCGAUUUUUGGACCGCUGGAAUACCAUGUCGAUUUGGUGAACGUUGUUGGUUUGCGCAUGGUCCACAUGAACUUCGUAUUGCACGUUUUGUUUAUCCUGGUUUGCAUCCAUAUGAUUAUGAAGUUCGUAUGAACACUCCAAAUACAUUAUCAUCAUCUUAUGGACGACAUCUUUGGAAUUUGGAACAAAAUUAUCCAGUAGCUGGUGUACAAUCUACACAACAUAUAACGAUCACUCCAAUGGGUCAAAAUGUACCAAUUGGUUAUGAACGCAAACUUCGACGCAUAUCUCCGAUUAAUGAGAAUAUGAAUUCAAAAAAUUGGCGUACAACACAACGUGUAUCAGAUGGUGAUUCAGGUAUCGGAAGUACAGGCACCAAUAAUUCACCAGAAGUUAACGCAAAAUAUGUAUGCUUUAAUUGUUAA